UCUGUCGCGGGCAACUGAACGCUUUAAAUCAUGCUGUAUUGACUGAAGAGAGGCUAGUACAAUCAAUGGCUUGGCUUUGAAAUCGUUCACAAUUUAUUGGAAAGGAGUGUGUGAGACGGGGGAGAGGGAGCGCGCGAGAGAGGAGAAAGAGAGGUGGAAAUAAAGAUUAUUUAAACGAUGGAACUUACAAUGGAAAACAUUGGAAAUCUGCACGGCGUAUCUCACUCUCAUCAAACGGGUGACUUAAUGAACUCUCCGCACCACGCACGGCAGUCCUUGGCGUCGCAUCGGAACUUGGUGUCACACGGACGUUCAGCCAUGGUGUCCAGUAUGGCCUCAAUAUUAGAUGGAUCUGGGGAGUAUCGCACAGACCAUGCAUUGUCCGGUCCCUUGCACCCCGCAAUGACCAUGUCCUGCGACUCCGGGAUGACCAUGAGUAGCACUUACACUACGCUGACGCCGCUGCAGCACCUGCCCCCCAUAUCCACAGUCUCGGAUAAAUUUCACCACCAUCCCCACCCGCACACCCACCACCACCCGGCGCACCAGCGACUCGCCGCCGGCAACGUCAGUGGCAGCUUCACCCUGAUGCGGGACGACAGGAGCCUUGCCUCGAUGGGCAAUCUCUAUGGCCACUACCCUAAAGACAUGUCCGGCAUGUGCCAGUCGCUGUCCCCUCUUUCCAACGGCCUCGGGUCUUUGCACAACUCUCAGCAGACUCUUUGCGCUUAUGGUCCUGGCGCCCACCUCUCCAACGACAAAAUGCUCUCGUCCGGAGGCUUCGAGUCUCACGCAGCGAUGCUGUCCCGGAGCGAGGACCACCUAAACCGGGGAUUGGGGGGGCACGGGGCCGGGAUCAUGUCAUCCCUGAACGUUAUGCCCCAUCAUAGCCAUCCGCACUCUCAGGCUAACGGGUCCAUGCUCUCUGAUCGGGAGAGGCAGGCGGCGGGGGGCGGGCAGGGAGGUGGUUCGGGGCAGGUGGAAGAAAUAAACACCAAGGAGGUGGCACAGCGAAUAACGGCGGAGCUCAAGCGCUACAGCAUUCCCCAGGCAAUCUUCGCACAGCGGAUCUUGUGUCGGUCCCAGGGAACCCUGUCUGACCUGCUGAGGAACCCUAAACCCUGGACUAAACUCAAGUCUGGACGGGAAACCUUCCGGAGGAUGUGGAAGUGGCUGCAGGAACCCGAGUUCCAGAGAAUGUCGGCGCUCAGACUAGCAGCCUGCAAGCGCAAGGAGCAGGAGCAUCACAAAGACCGCAACAUGGUGCCAAAAAAGCAGCGGCUGGUCUUCACGGACCUGCAGCGCCGCACACUCAUCGCCAUCUUCAAGGAGAACAAGCGCCCGUCCAAGGAGAUGCAGAUCACCAUCUCCCAGCAGCUGGGCCUGGAGCUCAACACUGUCAGCAACUUCUUCAUGAAUGCCCGGCGCCGCUGCGUGGACCGCUGGCACGACGAGCACAGCACCAGCCCCGGCCAGCCGGGCACCUCGGCCACCACUUUCUCCAAGGCCUGAGACGCCCGGGGGGAGCCACGGGGUGGCAUUGGGAUGGGGAGGUGGUACCUCCUGUAUCCCACUUCGUUCCCAAUAACCAUGUUGAUGCCUCCUCAUUCGUGCCAUGCAACCAUGUCUUGGUCAGUCGUAACUGUAACCACCACGAUCCUGAACAUCUCACCACUGGACUGUUAUGAAGCAAGUGAAACGUAAAGGUAACAUGUAGUCAGGUCCACACAAGGACAAUCAUUUUUUUCUCUCGAUUGAAUCAGCUUUCUGUUGAUGGUGUCAGUCCAUUUACACUACAGACACAAUGACAUGUUGCUUUGUUUAAACA